ACACAGUGUAUCCUAAACCAAAGACCUCCCGAAGUCUAGACUGACAAGCUCAUCCACCCAUGUACCCUAGUUGAAGCAGCGCCUCCAGCUUCUGGUCUUCGUUAUGCUCGCGGAGAUGUCUUGUCUCCGUCUUGUCGUCAAACUCGCCAUGCUGUUUAACAUCCUGUUCUUCCUGAAAGCGUCGUCGCUUUGUUCUCGUGUCAUACUACUUCUCUUCUUGUGGACGGGCGGGAUUGACAAUUGUUCGAGGGUAGGCGGGUGAAAUUACUUUCCCAACACUGGUGCUGGCUUCUGACAGGUGGAAAACA